AUGUUUCGCGUAGAUCGAGCAAGAUUUGUGGGUUUUCGGUUAUACAGUGGGACGGCUUGUUUACGCCAGCAGGCGGAGGUUACACUGGAUUUUGGUAAGAGAAACGAAAUCAUCUUGAGAUCUCUGAACCGGUUCUACCCCUCUGUAUCGACCUUAGCCCGGCCUACUGCGACGAUACACGAGUUUGGCGCGAAAUACAAGGACAUAUACGAGGACCAGCCGCAUGUGAUCGAGGUAUUACGAGGCAAAAUUAAGUCCGUGCGGGUUGCGGGCAAGAACAUGUGUUUCGUGAACGUGACAGCGCUGCACGCAGAACUCCAGCUUAUCCUGAACUUCAAAGUGAUGCACAAGGCGCAGCAUCAUGUGGAUACAGAACUGACGUCUGAAGCAUUUCAAGCAAGUAUCCAGAACCUCAGACCCGGUGACCAUAUCCAAGCCGUCGGGUUCCCUGGUCUUUCACAGCGACAGCGUACGCUGUCGCUGAAAUGUAUAUCACCAGCGCAGACUUUGGCACCGGCACAGCUGCCGGUACCUCCGAGACUUGUUGAUCCGGUCAAGCGCAAGCAGAAUCGGGUUCUGGACUACUUGGUCAACGGUCACCAAGCAUUGGUGGUCCGGCACAGGACCGUCAAGGCGAUUCGUCGGUUUCUGGACGCUCGCGAAUUUCUGGAAGUAGAAACGCCUAUGAUGUCUGCACAGUCCAACGGUGCUGCAGCCGAACCCUUCGAGACCAGAUCCAAAGCGUUGCAUCAGAAACUACAGCUCCGGAUCGCUCCAGAGCUGUGGCUCAAACGGCUGGUCGUCGCAGGCUGUGAAAGAGUUUACGAGAUCGGCAAAGUGUUUCGCAACGAGGGCAUCGACGCGACCCACAACGCAGAGUUUACUACGCUCGAGUUUUAUCAGGCGUACGCGUCGAUGGAGGAUCUCAUCACAAUGUCAGAACAGCUUUACAGGUACGUGCUUGAAGACGCACAGACACUAGCAGCGGCUCGUCUGUUACAAGAAUUCAGCGAGAACAGGUUCUGUUUCAGACGGGUCGAGUUUCUUGCGACUCUGAGCCGCGAGACCGGUGUCGAAUUCGAGAAACUCGAUUUGCAAGACGCUGGCGCCAUGAGGCAGGCAUUGCAGCAACGCGGUUUGGACGCACCGUCUGAGUGUGCUUCGCCGCAGCAGAUGCUGAAUUACUUGUGUGGAAAGUAUAUUGAGGACAAAUACUGUCAGGGCUCGCUUCCGACUUUGAUAUUUCACCAUCCCACGGUGAUGUCUCCGCUGGCAAAGGGAAACACGGCGGACAACAUGAAAACCUCGAAACGCUUCGAGGUUUUCAUUCGUGGCAAAGAGUACAUCAAUGCGUAUGAAGAGGAGAACUGUCCGCAACAACAAUUGGCCAAAUUUAAAGCUCAACAAGCUGCCAGAGCCACUUAUGGGGACCAAGAGUCGCUACAAAUCGACGAGAACUACGUCGACGCCAUGAAAUGGGGCAUGCCGCCUAUCGGUGGAUUUGGACUCGGCAUUGAUCGUCUUUGCAUGCUUCUCACAGACUCCAAAAGAAUAGAAGAAGUGCUUAGUUUCGGGAGCCUCGACGAUGUCAACCGACAAUAA